AUCAAGUAGAUGAAUGACUUUUAUUCUUAUUCCUUAACAGCGAGGUCCUAUUUAAAUGAAUCAACCUUGCAACGCUCAACAAAUUAACAUCUAGCUGUAAAAAUACUACUUCUGCAUUUUUUCAUAUUAGGAAUUAUCGGCGAGGCCAGUAAUAAUGGAGACCCGAAUUUUGCUUCUUCUUGUUUUAUUUGCUUGCGGUUUGCCAGCGGAGGGAUGUAUUAGAAGCUGUUCAUUUCACAUAGUUCAAAUAAGAUGCAGAGUGGGACGGUCUGCAGACAAUGAAGAUAAUGAGAUACAGAUAACGGGUUCUAAAAAGAAGGAAGCACAUUUCAGCAUCGCGCUUAGAGGUGAUCCUUGUAGUUUCAAUUCCUAUGACGCCGAUCGAGACGGGACGAUAACUAAAGAGGAACUACUAGCUUUAUUCUGUGAAAAUGAGAGGACUGAAGACCUGUAUUCGGAGUUAGAUAUAAUAACUGAAGAUGGAGUUAUUAAACCUGACGAGUUUUAUUCAAAGGCACCUCUUAUCAUAGCUGAAUGUUCCAACUCUGACAAGACAAGUGACCUUAAAGUGGAAUAAAACAGAUUGAAAGAAUUUGCAGAAUAGGUGAACAAAGCAAUAUGCAUGAACUACUGACCGAUGACUCUGAUGUAUAUUUAAGAAAUAAUAAGUUCCCUGUAGGCCUGAGUGAUAUAUUGUUUCGCAUAAGAACGAAACACUCGGGUUAUUCUACUAUAAAUCACACUUGGGAACUUAUUAUUUCAAUUCUAACACGACAUACUCGUAUCAACAGUGUUAGAAAAUAAUGGUAACUACUUUUUACGACCGUGCUACGCACCUAAAUCGGAUGACGUCAUUGCACGCGAGUGGUUUAUUGCAGAAUAACCCGAGAUGCUCUACAUGUAUGUAGGUUAUUUGCUGGUCGUGUUAGAAUAUGUUUUAAUCAGCUUGCUUUAUUGCUACGGCGGCCGAUAUGACUGAUAUUUAAUGUAUUUUCAUUCAUCGCUGUGUUAUUGGUACGCCACAUUAUGCCUGGUGUUCUUUUUAUGUUUUCAUUCAGCUUGACACAAUGUGUUAUUGCUAGGUUGACCGAUAUUCCUAAUGUUUAGUUUAAGGUUAUCUCUCACCUUGUGUUAUUCGUACGCCGACUAAUAUGUCUAAUGGUUUUUAUGUUUUCAUUUAUCUUGUGUUUUUGCUUGGUCUACGUCGGCUGAUAUACAUAAUGCUACAUGUAUAACUUCAGCAAGUAUUGCAGGAAAUAGAGUGAAAGAUAUGGGUAUGAAACACCUAAAUGAAUAUACCAAAUUAAUGAUAUAUUUUGAAAUGUACGACGACAAGCACGUUACUAUUAAUGUUGCGCAUUCUGACCUACUCAAGUGUUAGCUCUGUUUUUCCAAAAGAUCUGUAUCGAUCUAUUUUUUGAGGUCUGGAUAAAUCAAUAGAAUACAAUUAAAGAUUAUAUUUGUAUAUAUGUGUAAAGCAAUCUCCGGACACAUUUAUGGCAUUGGAGAAUGAUAAAUUUCUGUCUUGGUGUGUGAUUGUUGAUGCCUAAAUCAUUAAUUGAAUGAUGAAACACAGACCUCAAGUCCGUGAAAGAAGAUAGAAGACAAAUGCUUGAAUUGAGAUGUUCAGUUUCAAAUCAGACAUCAAAUCCUGUUCAUAUUAAUUAUUUCAUGAUCUUUAAUACAUUAUAUUCCUCUUCAAAAAAGGACGCUUUGCCUGUGGAUAAAUAGAAUUUGUCAUGCUUUUAACUUUACACCGUUACAAUAGCAUGUGUAUUACGUAACUUUCGAUGUUUCUAUAUAAGAACCUUCCCAUCUGUUGAAAAAACCCAGCCACCAGGCAUUUUAUUGCUUUCGCCUUUCAAAUUAUGAUUCAGUUUGUUGAUUGACUAGUAUCAAGUAAUAAUUGACAGGAAGUAAGACAAGAAUCAGUUUUCUAUAUAAAAAUAUCGAGUUGCACUUUUUAUUGACGAAUCUUUUAUGAUGUAAUUACUAUUUCUUUUUGGUGAUGUAUCUUCAGCAUUCCGUGCUUUUUUCUACAUUUUUAUAAUAUAUUGCACAAGUUAUCAAUAAAUGCUAGAAGCGGC